UUAUUAAGUUUCGAUUAGUUUUGCGGAUCUAUAACAUAGAAAAUAGUUGUGCUGAAAGGAGAUUUGAUAUUAUAUUAAUCAAAACAUGAUUGUGGGUUAAAGAAGUUGUGUUAAAAAUUAAAAAAAAAAUGCUUGAAUGCAUAACAUAUAAACUUUCAGUAAAUUACAUUGAUAUUCAAACCAAAAAGCUGUCAUGAACCAAUCUCUAUCCCAUUUGUAAGAUGUACACACAUAUGCAUAUGUAUACAUUGGAGGAAUCGAUAAAGAGUAAUCUAAUAGUGAAAAAAAUGUGUAGUUAUUAACAUUGCUGAAUACUUGUCAUAGUAUCAAUGUGAAAAAGUAUCAAUUUUAUUGGGAUCCAAUACUGAAAAAUGGUUUCGAAAAUGUUUUUGAUCUUGCUUCUUCUGUCAUCUUAUGCCAACAUAAACUUAUGUGUAGAAGUCCAUUUUGAGUCGGCAGAGAGUGGAUUUUUUCUAAAACAUUCACGGCAACCCCCAAUCGCACCAGAAAUAUCCAUUCAAACGCCAAAUGUCACGCCCACGAAAAUAAAAGCCACUUAUGAUUCUAUCUUGUCUGUUGAUCGUUUUACGGUGGUUCAAACAACUCAACCCGUAUCAAUUCGAGCUAGCUACGGGCCAUUUUCAACUAAGCAAACUGUUCCAGCUCGUUAUAUUGUUCCAGAUGUGCUGGAAAAUCAAAAUAGUAAUUUAAAUAAUACUACAGCAGCAUUAAUAGAAUUGCAACAGGCUAAUAUGCAUUUGGAUAUAUCAGCCCACUUAAUAAAAUCGACGAUUUCGCGAGAUUCUCCAGUGCUUCGGGUUCUUUUCCAUGCUGGAACUGAUCCAGGUGGACAUCUGCAAAGACAGAGGAUAUGUGUACUGUUGCAUAUUUCUCUGGGCAAUCAGGUGCCCUUGAAAGGGCGUUGUAUGCCGGAAGGCGAGGACAAUGUUUGUGUUGCUGAGGUUAUAAUUCCUUCCAUAUGGUGGCCAGGAUAUCCAACAAUCAGGGGAAGCAGUAGUAUUUCACAAAAACUUCCACACAGGGUGAUACAAGCAUCUUACAGCGUAUUUGAACCUUCCUCGCGUAAUUCAGAACAAUGUGAACCCAAAGUUCAAAUUCAACCCUUGACAACGUUUGCGCAUAUUCCGCUUGUCGCCGCUUCAGUACCCUUCAAAGAAAUUCGUAUUGAUGAGCAGUUGACGUUCCUUUUACCACAAAAUGCUUUAUAUCCAAUGUCAAAAAUUUAUGUGCCAGUUAUUCUUCAUCAAACCCCAGAUACCAUUGUCUCAGCAUUUACUAUACGAGCGCGUGUAAAGUCGGGUGUAAAAAUACUGGGCGCUACGACAUCAACCGAUUUAUGGAACAUAUCAAUUGAAAAGGAAAAUCCAAAACACACUACUGCCAGAGUUUCCGCAUUUAAAAAAGAGCCAGAAGUUUCUGCUGAGAUAAACAAUGAUAUGAAAAAUACAAGCCUCGAAAACAGUUCCGUCGAAAUAUUUUCUUGGCUUCUUGAACUUGGGGAUGGCGCAGCAGAUAUAUUAGAUGGUGCAAAGAUUGUAUGGUAUGUUUCGUAUACAUAUAAGGCCGAUAAAUCUAAAAACCAAAUACCAAGCAGUACAGUGGGAGAUGAGUCUAAGAAAAGACUGACAACAAAAUUAGAAAUCAACAAAGAUGAUAUACAAGCAGUUUUACCAAUGGCGAAGAACUGGGAAUUAAUUAAUACUGCUGUUUUGACUGGACGGCAAGUAGCUCAAGCUAUGAAAGUGUUUAUCGUAUCGCAAGCAGGGAAAGUAGCUGAUGUCACCCUUCAAAGUUCCUGUUAUGCAGAAGACGAAAGUGUAAUUAAGGUAUCGUCAUCGUGCAGCUCCGUUUAUGUUGAUGGUUCAGAAAUUAGAGGCUCCUCUAAUGCUUCAGUUAUUGUAAAAUAUGGAUCUUAUACCGGAUUGGCAAAGUUUACAGUGUGGAUGCCAGAAUUUCCACUAGAAGUCUACGUAUCGGACUUUAGAUUAUCACAAAUAAAGGGUUGGAAAGUAGUAGAUGACAGCAAUAUGUACCCAAAUAAACAAAGCCAGCGGCGUAAAAAACGAUCCACCGCAUGGAAUCAGUAUAAAAGUGAACCUGGUACUGAAAAAAUUACGUGCAAAGCUCGAUACCAACAAAGUCCAAUUGAAGUAUUUGCACGAUUCCUGGCAAUUGAUCAAAAUUCAGGACGAAUUAGCUACUUUAUUUCGCGCCGAACCGGUUUACGCGUUACAGACCUAGUUCAACCACUACUGCGGGUGUCUGACCCAAAAGUAGCCACUUUAAAAGGACGCAUUUUACAAGGAAAGUCAAUGGGACGUACAGAUAUUCAGGUGCUGUCUCCUAUUACUGGCCGUGUAAUAGGAACAAAAGAAAUUCGUGUUGGCAGCGACAAAGUCAGCUUGAAAAAGUUAAUUGUGCGAGUGAUUUCUGGGUUACAAUUAACUAUUUCUCCAGACAGCGGUAUUGACAACGGUUACACAGCAGAAACUUCUGUUACAAAUAAGCUUACUGCACAAUAUCAAGAAGGAUUACUUGACAUUGAUCUCGAGUUUUCAGAUGGAUCGAAAACUCCACUAAGGGAUAUCUCCGUAGAAGACUACUUUUUGCUGGUUGAGAGUUUAGAUACGGAAGUAGUUGCGUUUGCACCAAUGUUAGCAUCGCACCAUCCACGUGUUAUAGCGGUAGGAGAAGGAAAUGGCGAUUUGUUACGAGUAACUUUACUAUUGUCGGAAGAUUGUCGUAUGCGGCGAAGCAUGACAUCGUCAAAACAUAUCAAAACAAAUUUUUCACCUCUAAUAAGCUCACUUGCUGCCGUGGAAGUCGAUUUUAAUAAUUUUGAUAGCAACAACAAACUUGAAUCCAUACAAAACGAUGGCAUCAUUGGUAAAGAUAGAAAAAGUUUCCGCAUCAAUGGAGAUCUAGCUGAUAUUAUCGUAGGUAUACCGUUGAAAAACUCUAUUUAUAACGAGGAGGCGUCUAUGGUACAAACAAGACAUCAUGGAAGUACACAAUCAUUAAAAAACUAUCGGAAGUAUUCUUUUCGCAAUGACAUGUCGUCUAUGGAAAUUGGCGUGUAUGUUCUGCUUUCUGCCUUUUGCUUCGCAAUUGUAGUAUUUGUCAUUUCCUGUGUUGUGUACGCUUCCAAGUUUAGACCAAGAGCCAUUGACACAGGCAAUGGCCCUCUAGAAUUGAGUAAAGCUAUUAUAUCUCCUAAUAUCUUGUCGAAAGAUCUGCGUUUUCCCAAAGAAUCAACAACAAAUGUUCACGAUUGGGUGUGGUUGGGACGCUCUACAAUGGAUAGGUCAUCUAUAAUUAACGACGCAACUACAAACAAUGAUAAUCGGGAUGCCCGCAUGAAGAUCACAAAUAAUCCGAUCACUUUCGUCAAUAGUACAAUUUCAUCAUUUGAUGGUCACUCAAAAGCCACAAGUCAGUCACAGGGCGAAGCUCCAAGGCAAGAGUUUAAUGGUUCCAAUUGCUGCAUAAAGGCAGUCGAAUAUAGACCACCUGUACCUCCGCAUCGUAAUAUUGGAGUAAGAGCUUUUGUUAGUUUUGACAACAAAGAGAAUGCAACACGUGGGAAAUGUGAGACUGAAGAAAAGGAAAUUGGAAAGGGUGUUGAUCAGUGCCAUACAAAUUUUCCACAAAUAAAAGCUGUUGGCGAUAGUGGACAAAAGCAGAGACCAAUCAGCAUGAAACACAAAUCUUUGCAGCAAGCAGAUUACGAAAAAAUGCAUAAUGCAGAAAAAUUAGUUCAAUUUUCUGAUUAUAGUAAAAAAACUGCUUUCCAAUUUGAUUCGCUACCACAAAAGAGUGUUAAUAGUGAGAAUUUUACAGAAGCUUCCUCAGCCUGCGCGAUACAAGAAAAUAAAGCACAGCGAUCAGCACCCAAGGAACAAAAAAAUACCACACAUUUAUUACAUCCUAAUUCAGGAUUAAAAAAAGAAGUUAAGAGAGCUACAGUUGUGGGUAACCCCAUGUUUUCUAACACGUCAUAUGACUACGAAGAUAGUCGCGACGAAUUGGUUCUUGAUGGUUUUGAAAUGGAUUAUGAACAAAUUAUGCAUUAUUUUGACAAUUUAAAGGAGUCAAACGCUUAAGUAUUGUAAAAGCAUAAAGGCGCAUUAAAAAGGAGUUAAUCCAUAAAAGUACAUAUAUAUAUAAAUAUAUAUAUAUAUAUAUAUAUAUAUAUAUCACAUAUGUAUAUACUAUAUGUGUGUAUGCACAUCUUGACUGGACUUUAAACCAUAAUCACAAGUUACUGGAGAAUUUAAAAUAAAAAAAUUAAACAAAAUUUUCACUAUUGGACCAAAUAACAAAUAUACGGUGGAAGAUGCAUGUUAUUAUGUUAUCUUAUAUAUACCAAUGCGCAUAAUAUUACGCUUACUUCGUUCAUAAGUAAAUAUAAAUAAUAAUGUUACUCAUACAUUUUAGAAAUCAAUCACAUAAAAUACGCGAGUUCUAAAACAGCAUAAGAAUUAAUAGCUAAGGAUACACUUCAAGAUUAUUUAUAAUUUGUGAUUGUUUAUAAGAUUUAUUGUAGUUAUAAAUUGGUUGCAUAAGAUCACACUAACACAUAUGUAUAUUUAUUUCAUUAGUUUAUUUAUUAGAAAAUGAAAUCAUUCCAUUAUCAAUAGAAUAUUUUUAAUUAUAUGUAUGCAAAAAAGCCAAAUAAUAACUGUUUAAGCAUAAGAUUGUGCCGUCCAAGUAUUUUAUUUCAAGGUCUAACUAUUUAUCUUGCUUUAAUAUGCAUUAUGUUAUACAUGUAUACAAAUAUUAUCAUACAAUUUCACAGCAGUACGAAUAGUAGUUAAAUAUAGGUCGCUAAUAAUUGAAGCUUCUGCAAAAUUUUAUAAGCCUUUAGGAUGUGAACUAACGUUAAAUAUACUCAUCUUUCUUAAAAAUUAAAUAGAUGCAAAUACAGUCUCAUUUAAUUGUACAAAAUAUUCAAAUACAUAUGAUUUAAGAUGUAUGUUUACAUACGUAUUUAAAUAAAUAUUUCAGCUGUAAUUUUAAUUGAUGUAUCCUGAUAGUUACCCAACCAAAUAUACUGCAAUAUUUUCCAGUUUCGUUCACGAAAAUAUGUGAAAACACCAAAUGAAUUAUAACUUGUACAAUUUAUACACUAUAAAUAAAUCAACAGAAAACGAACCAAA